ACCCCCUCCCAUUAUUUUCUCUCUCUACCAUCGAUCUUUGACAAAUAACGAACAAAGAAGAAAAAGCAGGAUUUUUGUUUGUUUUUUUUUUUUUUUUACCAGACUCACAAUUUAUAUAUCAGAAAGUAAUUUCUGAAGAUCGAUCUUUGUUUUUCUUCUUGUUGAUGUUGUCGGUGGCAUCCAUGGAGGUGCCAAGCUCAUGGGACGCCCUUCGCAAACAGGCUAGGAAGCUGGAAGCUCAAUUGGAUGAGCAGAUGAAUUCGUAUCGAAAACUAGUUUCCUUGAAGGAUUCUACAAAAGUUGAUGCCAUAGAGAAUGACCUUGAAUCUGGGAUCGACAGACUGUUAAAGCAGCUCCAACAAGUUAACUCACAGAUGCAAGCUUGGGUUUCAUCAGGUGGCUCAGAAAUGGUUUCUCAUACAUUGACUAGGCAUCAAGAAAUUCUUCAGGAUCUCACUCAGGAGUUUUAUCGUCUCCGCUCCAGCCUUAGGGCUAAGAAGGAGCACGCUUCACUCCUUGAGGAUUUUAGAGAGUUUGAUCGAACAAGAUUAGAGUUAGAAGAUGGUAGUGGUUCUGCCGAACAAGCUCUACUAAAAGAGCAUGCAUCUAUUAGCAGAAGUACAGGACAGAUGGAUACUGUAAUUUCACAAGCUCAAGCAACACUCGGUUCUCUUGUUCUUCAACGAUCAACAUUUGGAGGCAUCAAUUUGAAGCUCAGCAAUGUUAGCAGCCGCCUACCAACGGUAAACCAUAUUCUUUCUGCAAUAAAGCGGAAAAAGUCCAUGGAUACCAUCAUACUUUCCCUAGUUGCAUCUGUCUGCACGUUUCUUAUAUUUAUUUACUGGUUGAGCAAGUGAACAUAUAGCUGUGCUUUGGCUGCUACUUGUGGUUAAGUGUUGUAUCCUACGUGGUCUAUAUAGUGGUCAUCUUUUUGUUAGUCUAUUGAGACAUUUGUUCUUGUGGAUAGUCCAAUGUGCUUGAGUCAUCUUUAUUGCAGAAUGCGUUGCCUUGUGAUGGCCAAGGCUAUUCGUCACACAUGAAAAA